UUUUUUUUUCUCAUUCUCUUGCUUUUUUGGUCCAUGCCAUAAUCGAACUAGUGUGAAGGAGAGGAUGAUACAUGUGAUCUGCUGCUGGGGUCGGGUUCCAUGGUAGGGACCGAGUGAUGGAACCGAAUUAAUAUAGGCUUAUAUCGUAGUAUCGGAGUACGGUCUUGAUAUCCAAUACACACAGUUCAUAAUUAGCUGAGUAGUAUGUAAACUUCACACUCCAUGUAUCGUAUGUGUUCCAGGUAUGAGAGGAUAAGAGCGCUACAACCAAUCGGUCAGAAUUCAAUCCACUGAAUUGUCAAAGUCUGUCUUCUAGAGACAUCGGUUGAUAAAAAGAGGAAUGGCGAGAAAAAAAAUAUGAAAGUGAAAAGAAGUAAAGAAUGGGGGUGGUAAGAGAGAGGCAGAGAGAAACAGCCACCGGACAAUCCUUCUCGGCCCUCCGUAUCUCUGAUACUGUUGAGUACUCCAAGGUCCGUUCAAAAGAUAGUGGGGUUAGGCCAUCCGAGUGGGGCAUUGUGUCGUGGACUAGAUCGCUAGUUGGUUCCACCUCACGCAAGGGGUCGCGAGGGAGGUGCUGCCCUCCCGCAGGAAGAAGGUUUCUGGGCCUAUCGUUUCGCCCGAACCUUCCGUCAGCCGAACUGGAAAUCGCUGAGAUGAUAGGGCUUGUUAGUCAAAUGACACCGGGGUUGAAUCGUGUUCAUCUUGCUCGCAAUUGUCUAGAAUAUCGAGAAAAAAAAAAUCAAAAAAACAAGCGGUGAGACCCUGAUCGAUCUCGGUUCCGGUUGGAACAUGUACAGAGAGUUCUUGCCCUUGCGCCUGGGACGAAAGUACGUUGAAUCAUCUGAGAUCAGGACAGUCCACUCAAAUUGAGACAAGGAAUUGGUUAUCCUGGAAAUUCUUGAUCGAUGCGUCUCACCGAAUCCGUGUUCGAUGAUGUAUACAUCACUCUCGAAAGCCAUCACGAGUUCCCAUUCACCGUGCGGUGUCGUCUCAGCCGGAAGAAUUGCCACGGUUGGUUGACCUCUCUUGUUGCUUAAUAUCCAUCCGGUGGGGACGUGGUAUCAGGUUCGGAGCUCUCCAGCUAUCGAUUUCCUACGACCCCAGGGUGAGGGAUUUCCCAAAACGUCCCUAGUACCGGUCCCGCUGCCACCUGUGAAUAAUACCAGGGCUAAUUUAUCGUGAUUGAAUGACUGGGGGACACUAAGGUUGAUUGACGUCGCAUCGGCCGAUGCGACGCCGCACAAAAUAAUUUCAUUCGAUUAGCGUCGCCGAGAUUUAUAAAUAAAAGUUAAACAUAUGAGGACAAGAGUAGUAGUAAUGAAGAAGCCUGAAUCAGGUUUCGAUGAC